AUUGGUAGCGGGUCGCGGGUUCACCUCAGUCGUACUCGAACGGCGCAUCGAGAAGGGUCUCGCCGGCGCGCACGAGGGAGUGUCGAGCGUCGAAGCGCCCCGCGUCGGUCCGCGUCACGCGACAAACCACGCGUCAUAUACGUGCCACGAUUGUUUAACGUGUUGUGGACGGUUGUUAUUUUUCAUAAACAGUCGGAAUGUCCAGUGCAGUUUUGCUUAUGAACAGUGUGUAGAGUCUCGGUGUAACUUGACGUGGAAAACGAUUUGUGUGCAUGAGGACAAUUACUAUCGGUGCGAACAUCAGAGGACUGGUCGACGUUAAAAAGGACACGUGUCAACUGGAGGAGACGCAUCUGCGGGCUUUUCUUGGACUUUGAAAACUGAGGUACGGUCGGUAACGUAUCCUGAGAGUUUGACGUCGUCUCUGCCGCACUAGGACGAGAUUCGAUCGGAUCGCUCGCGGCGAGUCGUCACUUCUGCAAACUCGGGAAUUUCAAGAAUGCACCUUGGACGGACUGUACUUGCGGGAGGCAGCGGGUGACUGGAAAGUUUUAGGAACUCGCAAGUGAAAUGACUCGUGACCUCAAAGGCUUUUCGGGUGAAACGAUGUAGGCCCUUCCCUGGCGAAGCUUCCAGGACGAUGCGAAGACAUGCUCGAGGUCGGCGGCAACUGGUGGCAACACUGAGACGAGGACUUGAUAUUGGAUUGGGAAGACGUCGCUGCAUGUCAGACCGACAACGAGAUUGCUUCUGGUGUUGCUGUACGAUGAGGAUAUCCAUAGCCACGUAAUGGCCAGGGUUACCCUUAACAUGCGGCUCUACGAUCUACGUCUUCUUCAUCUCCGAGAGUUUCUCCUGGUGCUGAUUCCUCUGCUGCGUCUCACCGGCACGUUCGCCUUGGAUCUGGCACAAUGCACUUCGGCUCUGGGUAUGGAGACUGGUGAAAUUCCUGAUGAAGACAUCUCAGCUAGUUCCAUGUACGACCCCAGUCUUGGUCCCAAACAUGCCAGACUGCGACAAGACAAGGGCGGCGGCGCAUGGUGUCCAAAGAAAAUGGUUACCAGCGAAGGCAAGGAGUAUCUCGAAGUGAAUCUGCACAAUCCACGUGUUCUUACAUCCACCCGUACUCAGGGAAGGUUUGGUAACGGAAAUGGCGUCGAGUACACCGAGGAAUACUUCGUUGAAUACUGGCGGCCGGGUUUCAACAAGUGGGUGCGGUGGAGAAAUCGCCGUGGCAUGGACCUCCUCGUUGGCAACAACAGCCCUUAUACGGAAAAGGAACAGGUCUUCGAUCCGCCAAUAGUGGCUACUAAAAUACGUUUCAUCCCUUACACCUCCCACGUGCGUACAGUCUGCAUGAGGGUGGAGUUAUACGGCUGUGCCUGGAACGAGGGCCUCGUAUCCUAUUCUAUGACUCAAGGAAUCCAACGUGGCUCAGAAGUUGACCUCUCCGACAGGACGUACGAUGGCAAGGAAGAAGCAGGUUAUCUCUCCGGGGGACUGGGACAGCUGGUUGAUGGGCAGAAGGGCUCGGAUAAUUUUCGGCUGGAUGUGAACGGCAAUGGAAAAGGUUACGAGUGGGUAGGCUGGAGAAACGAUACGCCCAGCAUGCUUGGUCGUCCAGUGGAAAUAACCUUUGAAUUCGACUACUCAAGAAAUUUCACAGCGAUGCACCUGCACACCAAUAAUUUCUUCACUAAGGACGUGCAGGUAUUCUCCCACGCAAAAGUCUACCUGAGCAUCGUUGCCAAUCAGUUCAACGGAGAACCUGUCCAUUUUUCCUAUAUGCCUGAUUUGGUUCUGGAACAAGCACGUGAUGUCACGAUAAAGCUCCAUUCACGUGCCGGGCGUUACUUAAAGCUACAGCUGUACUUUGCAGCACGCUGGAUCAUGCUCAGCGAGGUUAUAUUUGAAUCAGUUAUUUCCGAAUGGAACAACACCGACGAGGAGGAGAACAAAAACAGAAGUACCAUUGUCCUGGCUACUGGGAGUCCCUAUCAGAAUAACGAGGGUCCACUACAGAGGGAUGAAGUGAAGGCUACUUUUAAUAAGGAAGAAAAUAACGAUAACGUCUUCCCUGACAAGAGCAAGGAGCCAGAAUCCAGACAGUUCAUUGGUCUAGUGAUAGGGAUACUGACGACCGUCAUCGUGAUGCUACUCGCGGCCAUCACGUUCAUCUUCUACAGGAGCAGAAGGCUUAAGACUACCCUGACGGCGCCCACCUUUUACGACCAACACGGAGAUCUGAAGGUGUCCGUAGAGGAGAACGAGAAUAAGGGACCAAUCUGUCCUUCGCUUCCUCAGCAAUAUCAUCUUGCGGGUUACACGACGACUACGCCUCAGUUGCAUAAAACAACUCUGAACUACAGCGGAUCUCCCGAGACCCAGCCAAUCAUUCCGCUUCUGCUUAACACGGCAAUUAAUCUAACGAGACCAAUUCCGCCGGUGCAGGAGUAUCCGACGAAUCCACCCCCGAUACCACCGCCUCCUGAAAAGUAUUACGCCAGUACGGAAAUCUGCAAGAGCCCUCUACCACCCUUACCCCCAUCGCCAGCAGCCAGUACGCCACCACCCAUGAGCGCGAAAGCCUCGAGCAGCCUAACCAGCUACAGUCCGGAGGACAUGCUCACUGAAGAGGAGGACGACGAAGGUAUCUUCGACUUCCCACGUGAGAGGCUGAAUAUCGUCGAGAGCCUUGGGAGUGGACACUUCGGGGACACACAUCUGUGCGAGGUCGACAGGUUUCCUGGUUACGAUGAAAUCUUCAGGAACACGGACAGCGACCUGGUCAUCGUCAAAUCUUUGCGCCCUGGAUCCUCCGAGACACUCAGGAUGGAAUUUCAACAGGAAGCAAAAAGGCUGGCGCGACUCGCAGAUCGGAAUGUCGCGCGGUUACUCGGUGCCAGCCUGGAAGAUGAUCCCAUGUGCAUUGUACUGGAGAACGGAGAGUACGGGGAUUUGAAUCAAUAUCUUCAGAGUCACAUUGCCGAAACGUCAACAGUGCACACCGCAAAAACCCUGAGCUUCGGUGCCCUGAUUUACAUGGCGACGCAAAUAGCAUCGGGCAUGAAGUAUCUGGAAGAAAUGGACUACGUUCAUAGGGACCUCGCCACAAGGAAUUGCCUGGUGAGUCGAGGCUACACAGUUAAGGUAUCAGAUCUCGGUCCAGGAAGAAACGCGUACGCUGCCGAUUAUUUCAGGAUCGAAGGACGAUCGCCUUUACCGAUACGUUGGAUGGCUUGGGAAUCGAUGCUCAUGGGAAAGUACACAUCCAAAAGCGACGUGUGGUCCUUCGCUGUGACCUUCUGGGAGAUACUCACCUUCGCCAGAGAGCAGCCAUUCGAGGAAUUGCCGGAUCAUCGAAUAGUCGAGAACUCCACGCACUUUUACCAGGAAGAUGAGAAAAGAAUGAUUCUCCCGCUUCCCAAAAACUGUCCCAAGGAGAUGUACGACCUGAUGUGCGAGUGCUGGCAGAGGAACGACGUGGACCGGCCGAAUUUCCGUGAGAUUCAUCUCUUCCUUCAGAGGAAGAAUCUGGGCUACAAGCUGAACAACAGUAACAACGUCACCUGAUACAGAGAACUGGAAGGCUGGAAUCUCAUUCGGCUUUCUAUGAUUGGUGAAUUGAAUGGCAAUUGGUGGAAAUUUCCAACGUCGACCGAAUAGGUAGUUAAUUGGGUUACGAUUAUCAUCCAAGCGACCGCUGUACACCAAGAUUUCGAUUACGACAAUAAAAUAUGAUCGCGACGAAUUCCAGUCCCUCGCGACAAUCGAAACAAUGGCGACGCAAAAAUCAUCCCCAACAUAUAUGACACGUGUGUGGUUAAAUAUAUAUAUAUAUAGAUAAUGCGCGACAAGAUUACAAAAAUCACGAAAAAAUCGGUUCAACGAACGCAACCAUAUUCAGAAGCAUCGAUUUUAAGGGGUAUCAUUAACAAAGGACUUCAUCAAGAAUAAUCCAUUAUCAGCGAUUGGCCUCGGAUGUCCAAGGUCAAUAUUGUUAACAAAGUAACCUGUUUCACCACUCUCACCGAUCCCACCUACCUGCCCAACGUACUCAAAGCCAAUUUUACUUCGGUUAAAUAGCUUCUGUGAAUAAUGUAAGAGCACAACGUUUAAUAGUUGACGCUGGCCACCCUAUAUAUUUUCACUCAAUACGAAACGCUAAUGGCUACUGGGCCAACGGAACGAGAACGAUAAAUUGUACGUCGUAUAUACCGAAAUUGAUACUGUUAGCAAACAAGCGUUUGAUACCUGGACUACAGCGAAGUCACGUUGCCAAACGUAACACGGGUUUACUGACAAUAUAGAACCUGAAGAGUUAAAGAGAGAAAGAGAGGAGGUUGUUAGAGGGAGAUAGAGAUGCGACGAUAUUUUAUCAUGACAAUUUAUCCGUCAUUGCUUUUCAUAUAGAUCUCCAGCGGUGCUCGAAUUGCGCAUUUUUUAAUUUUCAAUUUAUUCCAACGCAUCGGUAUACAAUGUGUCCAAAAAAAUGUCGAGCGUUACUCCACCUGUGGUAGUGAAUCCAUCGCGCGUCGUAGUCGGUAUCUUUUAUCACCAUUCACGGCAGUCCUGACCCUUAGGAUACAAGCGUGAAACAGAAGUACACAAAAAAAAAUACAAUUGUUAUACACGUGCAAAGAGCUGCGCAAGUGACCCUCGCACGUUACGCACUCGGCUACUUACGCCGCGACCAAACAGCGACGCAACGUGCGUGGCCAGCGAGCCGAUUACACGCACGAUAACGCACUUACUGCCUUUUCCCGGAAAUCGAUAAAUUUCAUCACGACGCUGCUCCCUUCCCCGGUGAAAUUCCUAAGAGAUUUCCUUUUUUUUCGAAAAUGAAUUAUUUUUUGCUCUGACCUUAACUCGAAUGCUGCGAUACGUCUGUGACGUAAUCGACGUUAUAUCAAUUUUACAUACUCCUUAUUGGAGCAUUAAUUUUUUUCUACUAAAUUUGUCACUUCAGUCAACUACAGUUCGUACGGAAUCGUAUCUCGUCUGACACGGGCACGGUUAACAAUGUAUAACGUAUAUAGAAGAAUUGUGAGAUGAAAAAACAAAGCAAAAAAAAAAGUGACAGAUUACUACGAAGCGACACGUUCCUGACGGCAGAGAAAAGUUACAUUCGUCUAGCUGCGUAAGCUUGUGAAAUGCGCUUAGCCGAAAGUGCAUGAAUAUUUGACAAUACCAUAGAGGUUGCAGUAAUAAAUCAUUAGCAGGUAAAGAAGGAGAAUGUGAAUACGAGAGAUAACUGAUAUUAUCAUCUAUCUAGAGUUUACGUGGUAUAAGGCUUAAAUUUUUGUAACGAAGCUAUUCGCUUCAGUUUUCGCGACAUAUGGAACGACGUAUCGAAUAAGCCGCUAAUGCACAGAUUACUUUACAUUACUUUCCCCCUUAGCAUUAAGUAUUGUUCUUAACGUCAGAAAUGAAUGCACGUAAAAAUUUCCCCCCUUGAAAAAAAAAAAAAAAAAGUGAAAAAGUAAUGCACCUCAUUAAAAGUAUUAUCUGUGCACGCUGCAACAGAGGGCUGACAAAUCAGGAUUACGAAGAGUCAUAAAAGAGAAUUUAAUAGUAGGUAGUGCAGGAGGAGAUGAAAAAGAAAAAAAAAUUAUCUAUAGUAUGGAAUUACCUUGAUGGCAGUAUAGACGAUAUUACAGUUUUAAGAAUUGCGAAUUGUAUAUACAUAUCCAAGUCGAUUUAUUUUUUACGGGUGCACGAAAAGGGAGAGAUAUAAAAAAAGAGCGUAUGCGAUAGCGAAGAUCGAACGGACCGCUUUCUUCUCGAAAUGGAAGUUCCCUACUAGGAAUUCUUUGGCACUAAUCGUGAAUCUUCAUUUCGAGAAUGGCCGGGGGCUACUGGGUAUAACAUUCGAGAGAUUUAGUUUAGCGCGUAAUUGUCAGACAGGUAGGUAUUCUUUUAUCUAGCUUUCCUGUCUACCUACUUAGGUACCUACCCUACUUGCCUGCCUACAUGCCCGCCUUACUGCCUGAAAUAAAUGCCCGAUACCCAGACGCACGGGAUAAAUCUCCCUCGUGGGAUCCUCGUACAUAUCCAGGUUCAAUGAUAGUGCUUUCAGGAGGAAAAAGUGUUUCCCGUGGGUGGAGAAAUUUCCGUCAAGCACUUCGUACCUAACCCUACCCUGUUACUACCCCUCGUCCGAUAAUUCGUCGAGAGUGGAUCCGAUUGCGCGCGGUCAGCUGCCACAUCGAUCAACGUUCAGAGUACAUAUCCGGUGUGAAAAUAUCAUAUUGGUACUGUGGCAGCACUCCUGGUUAGUGAGCAAGAGUGGAUCAUUUAAGAAAUGAAGAAAAAGUAAGGGAAUAGAAAAAGUGCGAGAGAGAGAGAAAUCGAACGGACAAUUCUCUCUUAGUUAACUCAAAUUGCACGAUUGUCGAUAAUGUUAUUGUAAUAGGUACGUCAAACACGCCGUGGGAACAAGGUGCUCCGGUGUCGAGUCCCCAGGCACUUUGUACAAUUUGUAAUUACCAGUGAGAAGAAGUAAAAAUAACAAAGGAAAAAAAAGGCUUCCCACAAAAGUCACAGGACCUAAUCGUCGUUAUCGCCAGGGGCUGGAAGUACUUUCGCUUGUUCUAUUUUUUUAUUUUUAUUUUUUUUCAAGGUAUCAGGCUGGCCGAUUUCUCUGAGGGUCUUCGAUUUCCACGUGAACGACAUAAAUUCGAACUGCCAUCAUCACUGGUAGAAAGUGAAACUGAACACGAAAAAUAGUACAUCGUCUAAUACACGUAUGAGUUUUUUUAAAAAAAAGAAAAAGACCCCUGAUGCGUAUCGAGAGGCUGGUAUUUGAAAGAGGAGCCAUAUAUAAGUACCAAAGGAAAACUAUGGUAUGAGUGAGGUAAGAAUGGGUAGAAAAGUAGGAAAACAAUCGUGAUGAAGAAAGUAGAGUCGUAGCCUUGGUCGUAGUCCUUUAGUAAGACGAUAAAUCACCGAAAGGUAUUUUGUGCGUCGUGUGCGUGAGAGAUCAGAAGAAGAAAAGAAUGAAAGGGAACGCGGGGAGAUGAGAUGAAAGAGCAAAGGUCAAACUAAAAGUCCCGUCGCACUGGUGGCCUACCGUAUCGCAAACGCAUGUAUAGACAGAUCAUUCUGAGCUAAAGAAUGAAGAGGAAAAUUCAAUAGAAUAUCUUGUCCGGCUAUAGUAAACGCUCUUCGCAAGGAAUUUGCUAUUGUAGGAAAAAAUACGAAUUUCGCUCGAAGUACGAUCGACGAAUACGUUCUCGUGUAUACCUGUAGUUAAACAUUUUUAUUUAUUUAUAUCAAUAGUAAUCUAAUCUCGCGUACCUCCAAAUCCAGUUUAGACAAAUCGCUGUGUCCCUCUUCGGCACGUCUAUACCUACGUACGGUGUUAGCAAUUUGCGUAAGCAAAUAUACCGUGAAAUGGGUUGUAAAUAAGUACAGUGUUGUGUUGAUAGUUAGCUAUUGUUAUCGACGGCAUAUUGGCUAUUGUACCCCUGUAUAAAUGUUCACGUGUAUUUAAUACGUUUGUACAUAGCAAUUCGUUUUCAAUAAACGCUCGACGCUUUGAUUUUU